AUGGAACAACGACAUCAACAGCGCAAAAUCGGUGGUUGUUUAGGUUUAAGUAAUCGAGGUGUAGUGAGUGAGGAUAGGAUCAGUGAGUUGCCUGAAGCUUUGCUUGUGGAUAUAUUGUCUUCACUUCCAACAGAAACCGCCAUAGCCACGAGUGUUUUGUCAAAAAAUUGGAGAUCUCUUUGGAAGUUGUUGCCAAAACUCAAGUUUGAUUCUGAUAAUCAUCCUCGCCAUACAUUUUCAGAGGAUGUUUGCAGAUCUUUGAUAUCACAUAAAGCUCCUGUUUUAGAGAGUUUGCGUUUAGUCACAGAAAAGAAUUGUGAUGCUUCGGAUGUAGGGAUAUGGAUUGGAAUUGCUUUUGCACGCCAUGUGCGAGAAUUGGUACUCAGUUUUGAAUUUCAGAAGGAAGGCUCAGUAAGAUUUCCGAGUGUUUUGUGUACGUAUAAUGACACACUUGAGAUCUUGAAACUCGAGUACAAACAAAGAAGAGUGGUGGAAUCUUCUUUCGCUCAUGCUCGAUAG